AUGAGUCCUCUGCCACCUGAUCCGUACAAGAUCCUUGGUGUUUCUAGAGAUGCGCAGACUGCGGAGAUCCGAGCCGCACAUCGGAAGCUAGUCCUGAAAUGCCAUCCAGACAAGGUCCAAGACCCUGCCCUGAAGCUUGAAAAGCAGGCCGAGUUUCAACAAGUACAGCAGGCAUACGAGUUGCUCACUGACGAUCGUGAGCGGCAAAAAUACGACGACAAGGUUAAGCUCGAAGAGUUGCGUAAGCAGUUCCAGAACAGGGCCAACAUUUCGACUCCCCGAGCCACAAGAUAUGCCGGUCCAGAUGAAGCUCGCGGUACCGAAUCGCGGGCUUCGCCCUUCAAGGCCAGUGCGAGCUCACCAGGUGUCAAGUACUCAUACCAUGCUUUUUCGGAUGAAGACUUGGGUCGUGGCUCUCGUGUUUUCGAUGCGGCGCCUCGGUACUCAUCCCGUCGUGAAGCAAGCUUCGAGAAGUCGACAGAACGAAAAUCCUAUAAGGAUCGUGAACGGGGAGAACGGGAGCGAGAGCGUCGGCGACAGCAAGAAGACGCUAUCAAGAGAGCCGAGAAGGAUGCCAAGGAACAACGACGGGCCGAGAAGCGAGCAAGGGAGAAGCAAAUGGCCAAGGACAUGAAACGACAAUCCGAGGAAAAGAAGCGACACGCAAAACCCUACAUUGAGCCAUUCGACGAGGAACCGCCCGUUAGGUCUGAGCGGAAGAAGUCUAGCAGUUCCAGGAAAUACGAGGAGAAGCGAGAUCGCUCAUCGGGUAGAGAAGACGUCCGGCCCCCGAAACCCCAGCGAUCCUGGACCGCAAAGGAAGAAUAUGCGACUUCAUAUAUUCAAGCGUCCAAGGCUAAAAGCUCCCCGGGUCUGCAACGGUCAGCUACCACCUAUCAUAUCCGGUCAGUCCAGCCGCCGGCGCCGACACCGCCCCCUAUCCACGGCCAAUCUAGCCCUUUUGCUGCUCCCGUCGAAGAAGAUGUGCGCCGGUCGUCUGCGAAGCCUCGCCGAGGUUCCGUGGAUGAACCCAUGCUCUCCAGGGAACGGUCGCAUCGAGAUGCGAUGGACGACCCUCCCAUCAUUGGCUCUUCUCCGUCGGCCCGCCAUGCCGCUUCAUUCUUCUCGUCUAGCACGCCACCGAGGAGCGAUCUUCCCCGAACAAAGACGAUGCCGCACGAAUCCGUGUCGUACUCUCGAUCGCCACCCGAGCUGUCAAGGUCCAAGACAUUCAACGUAUUUGAAACGCCCGAUCACCCACGUGGUCGCGAUCGAUCACGCAUGCAGCCUCAGGUCGAUUUAGAUACAGACGACGAGGAUUACCUCAGGCGGCGAGAUAGAAAACAUCGAAGCAGAAGACAACAUCACUCCCCAGAACAGAUGAGAACUGAAAAUGUAUCUCGUUACCGGGUUGACGGAGGUCGCAGCACGCUGGAGGGUGCGUACACUCGCCGCCUAGACCACGACAUUGUGGAGCCGUACGCCAGCUAUUAUCGCUCCCAGGAUAGCCGACCUUCAAUGCCGGGUCGUGAAACCAGUUACAGCAACUCGGGCGGCGCCAACUUUCCCAAAGUCAAGACGGCCAAGUCGUACGGGUAUGAGGACGUCUCCUACAGCACCUACGGCAGGCCCUCCCGCGACUACGUAUAUACGUGA